AUGAUACAGCUAAUUAUUUUCCUCCCUUUUGCUCUCGGAUUUGAGCCUGAAAGACUUCCCUACACAAAUCCACCUCCAGAUGUCAGAGGAUUUUCAAUUAUGGACAAUUUUCCACCACUUAACCUCCUUAUUGUUUAUGGUGGGUACUCAGAUCCUACAAGUUUUGUAUAUGGAGACAUAUGGACAUUUAAUAUUACAAGCCAAACUUGAAGCAGACUUAUCCCUUCAGACGGAAUUUCCCCAAGUAAUAUAUAAGCAGCUGGAAGAUAUAGCGGAGGUUUUUUCCGUAUUUUACUUAAGCAAUUAUACUGCAUUUUUGGAGGAAUGUCAAUUAAUGGGCCUUUAAACGAUUUAUGAUGCUUCCAAAUACAAGGAUUUUUGUGAUCAAAAAUUAAAACGACUGGUGACAUCCCUUCUCCUAGAAUUAAAUUUGGGUAUACUUCAUUUUAUGAUGACAAUAAUAAAUUGCAGUUCGCUUUAUUGGGAGGAGUUACUAUGGAAGGGCUUGAUGACAAUCUUUACAUGUAAUAUUUAUAUAGCCUGGAUACUUCAACAUGGGUCUGAACCAAAAUGCCACAAAGUGGAGACGCUCCUGGGAAUGUUGAAGGAUCAAUAAUCGUGCAUUACAAUAAAAAAAUUUUUACAGCCGCUGGAGAAAAUGCAUUUUUAGCAAAUUCGCAUACAAAAACACUCCUCUAUUAUGAUUUAGAUCCUAGUGCUUAUAAAUGAGUGAAUGUGACAUCGGCAAAAACAUAUACAUCAAGGAUAUUUGGUGGAGGGUUUCUGAAAGGAUCAGAAUUUUACUUAAUGAUGGGCUGGUCGAUUGAAAAAGUUGACCAUGAAAGCGCAUGGUUUAAGGUUGAUUUAGAUGACCCAAGCUAUGAAUGAACAGAAGUUGCUGCUCAGGCAGACACUGAUAAUUUGUUACAAAUUGACAGCUAUGGCUAUACUUUAAUAAAUUCUACCGUAUAUAUUUUUGGUGGGAACAAUAAUCCUCCUAUCAUAAACCGCAUGGCUUAUUUCGACUUAGACAAGCAGCCUGUCGAGUUUUUUGUUUAUGAUGAUGAUUUAUCUCCCAGCCCAAGAAUGUAUCAUACUAUGCAGCCAAUUGCAGAAAAUUUAUAUUUAUUUGGAGGACUAGGAGAUGAUGGAUUGCUUCAUAAUGAUUUCUGAGCAUUUAGCUGUAUUGAAGAAAAAUGAAGUUCUAUAAAUUCAGCUGGGGAUAUACCUACCAAGAGAUAUGGGCAUGCAUCAGCUACUUACUCAGAUGUGCUGUUUAUAUGAGGCGGAAGUGGGCAAGAUGGGUAUCUAAAUGAUGGAUAUUUAUAUGAUAUUAGCUCAGGGAAAUGGACACUUCUGACAUAUACAGAUACAGCUCCAACUCCAAGAGUAGGAGCAUGUGCUGGUUUCAGUGGAUUCAGAAUUUAUAUAUACGGAGGACUAACGCAAUCAGGGCUCUCUGAUGAACUAUGGUUCUAUGACCUCAAUAAAAAUGAAUAUACGCUUGUGAACAGCCAAGAUUCAGAUGGUCCUGGACCCAUUUAUUACGCAACUUGUCGAAUUGCAGCUGGGGCAAAUAACUUUCUAUGAGUGAUGUAUGGUGAAGCCGAGGAUAACAAUUCCACUAAUCAAGUCUACGGCUAUGAUGCAGGUAAUGACUUUUGAUAUUUUUACAGCGAUGACCCUUCUAACACUACUUUUGCUAGAAGCCGAGCAGCAGUCUGCAAGCCUUUACAAAGAGUGCUAGUAGUUGGAGGGGAAACUUCUGGAAUAUACCCAAGCAAUGAUUUUUUUUACUUUUCAACUAUCACUUCUGAAUUUCAAGAACUUGGGACAAUCUCAGACGUAAUUUUUGCUUCAGCUUCUGCAUAUUUUCAGAAUUAUUUUUAUAUUCAUGGAGGAGGGACAGCAGCUACAAGCCUUUUAAGGUUUAAUGUUCCUAGCAACCUUUUCAUAAGGCUCCCAAUGUGGACCUUUUGCACAGAUAAUAUAACAUGCAGUUUUGCUUGCAGUCCAGGGAGUUAUAGGACUGCUACGAAUUGUGAAAUUUGCCCUCCUGGGACUUAUUCAAACGCGUAUAAUUCUACAGAAUGCGCAAAAUGCCCUAAAGGAAAAUAUGGGCCUCAUUAUGGAGCUACAAGCUUGGAUAUGUGCUUUCCAUGCUCAGAAGGGGAAUAUAAUGAUAAAGAAGGCCAAGAAUUGUGCAUUGAUUGUCCUGCCUCUUAUACCUGCAAGGUAGGAAGCAUAACUUAUAGCGAGACAUUAGCCAAUUAUGAGGAUGAGUAUUCCCAGCCAUCUAUUUAUACUUCAGAUAUGACAGAUAUCAAUAGAAAUACCUUAAUUGUGCAAGUCACUGUAGGAAUAGUUGGCUUAUUGGUGGCUAUUACCUGCGUUUUGAUCAGACAUGCUCCAUAAUAAUAAGAUAACUACCUACAGAAUGGUUAACUCCAGAAAGCUUUCCUCCUUCGCGAUUUUAUUAUUAUAAGGUUCGAUUUAUCUGGUGUGCCUUUAUCCAUAAUGUCAAAUAUCACUUGAUGAGUCAUUUGCCCAGGAUUUUAGGAAGUAUAAUAGUUUUACCACUUGGCACAUUCAAGGAGGGUGAUCUUAGGCAGAUACCAAUGUAGAAUGCUUGCGAAGCGGCAAGAUGCUACUGGUGUCACUACUUUAGAGCUAAAAGGGAGGUUUGAUAUUACUCCCUGUGGAAGAGAGCAUCACUAUAAAAACCUAAGUAAUGUAAUCAUCAGGCAAGCUCCAAAGAUUUUGGUUUCUGUAGAUCUAUACACAGAUAGGCAUAACCAUUUUGAAGGCAUUCCUAUGUAUUUAAAACGAACCAAAAUUGGUGGGCUUUUUGGAAUUAUGUUUAUUUUUUUGGCAAUAAUGAUUGUUGGGGUCGCAAUUGUAAAUUUUACUAUGAAUAAUCUUUAUGAGACUAAAAGCUUGGUGCCACUUGUGGUGCUUGAGCAAGACGUCCCAACAGUAAAUUUUAUAUAGUUUUCAGGCAAAAUUUUAAUAGCGAUUACACUAAAAAAUUAUGGAGGGACAUGUUUAUCAAAAACUAAAUCUUGCUCAUCUACUAUAUCUAGUUCUAUUGAUGGAAUUACUGGGACUUGAACCACCCCACAAUGUAAUUUAAACACAAAUGGAGAUUGUGAAAUUUCGUCAGUCUGCAGCGAGUGUACAUUGUCAAGCGAAGGAGUUUUUACAAUUACAAUGGACGAUUCAAAUGGCUAUACGUCAGGAUUUACUGUUAAUGUGACUUCCUCGUCUUCUAUUCCUGGAAAGGUAAGUAGCUACCAAACCACUAUUUUGUCUGAUGCAGGCUAUGUAUUUAUGGGUAGCACUGCGACAGAAAUUUAUUUUGAUAUGAUACCAUCCGUAACCGAUAUUUAGUAUUAUGAAAAUACAUAUGAUAAUGUCGAUCAUACUGGCUACCAUGUAUCGAAAGACACAGUCGCUAAGCAAGGGUCGCAAUACGAGCCAUUUGAGUAAAUUUUAUAUAGGCUUGGGAUGGUCUUUGUUAAUUAUUUAGUUAUUGAGUUUGAUUUAGACAAUAAUGGGCUUGUGACUGCUCGAUAUUAUAAUCAAACAUGGAUUGUGUUUUUAACAACUCUUUUGGGAUCAAUUUUUGGGGUUAUGGGAGCGCUUGGUGGGAUUAUGAAAGUAGUUGAAAAAAAUUGGAUAAAGAUAAAAAAUAAAAGACAUUAUAAAAGACAUUUGGAGCAGCUGGAUGAAAAUGCAAAAGAAAUAGAAAGGCUAAGAAAAGAUCCUGACUUUUUAAAUUAUAUAGAUGAUCCUUUGACAGGAACUGAGAUAGCAGAGAAAAAGAAGCCAGAUAUUAAUUAA